AGUAGCUCUGUAAUGGAUCGUCUUCUUCUUCUUUAUAACUAUUAACCAUUAAAACACACACACUCUCUCUCUCUCUCUCUCUUUCUCUUCACAAACCACCAUUCUUCUCUCGAGACAAGCUUUCCUCGAACCCUUAAACCAAAACCAAAAACAGAUACCCUUUUCAGUUUUCAGUCUUUAUCUCUUUUUCCAAUUCAUUUCAAUUUACAGAGUUCGAAACAAGAGAGAUAUAAAGAUAGCUUUUUUAUCUUCUUCUUCUUUUUCUUCUUUUCUAUAUAGUGUUCUCUCUCUUUCACUGCAUGAACCAGAUUCUCUCUUAAAGCUUCAAACUUCAACAGUAAUCCCAUCUCUCCCAUGAAAUACAUUAGGACCAACAGCCUCAAAAGGCUUUUCUCCCUUAAACGACGAAGUUUUGAAGAAGACAAGAAAACUCCAAACCCCAAUGCUCAUGAAGAAGAAGAAGAAGAACACAGUGUUGGAAUUGAUUAUUUUCAAAGACCCAUUUGGAAAUGCUUCACCUUUGAAGAAAUCUCUGAGGCCACAGAUGGUUUCAGCUCAGAUAAUUUGGUGGGUAAAGGAGGCUAUGCUGAGGUAUACAAAGGAGUUUUAAGAAAUGGAGAUGAAAUAGCUGUGAAAAGGCUUACAAAAACAGCUUCAGAUGAGAGAAAAGAAAAGGAAUUUUUGACUGAAAUUGGAACCAUUGGACAUGUCCACCAUAAAAAUGUUUUAUCACUACUUGGUUGUUGUAUUGACAAUGGUCUUUACCUCAUUUUCCAAUUCUCUUCCAUAGGCUCAGUUGCUUCUCUUCUCCAUGGUGAGAAUUUGGCUCCUAUGGAUUGGAAAACAAGGUAUAAGAUAGCCAUUGGUACAGCCAAAGGUCUCCAUUAUUUACACAAUGGUUGUCAAAGAAGGAUUAUACAUAGAGACAUUAAAUCAUCCAACAUUCUUUUGACUACAGAGUUUGAACCACUGAUAUCUGAUUUUGGACUAGCAAAAUGGCUUCCAUCACAAUGGACUCAUCAUUCAAUUGCCCCUAUAGAAGGGACAUUUGGACACUUAGCUCCUGAGUAUUAUAUGCAUGGAAUUGUUGAUGAGAAAACAGAUGUGUUUGCCUUUGGAGUUUUUCUAUUAGAAAUCAUUUCAGGCAGAAAACCAGUUGAUAGUUCUCACCAGAGUUUACACACUUGGGCUAAACCAAUAUUGAAACAAGGAGAAAUUGAAAAACUGAUUGAUCCAAAGAUGGAAGAAGGGGCCUAUGAUGUUACUCAGUUGAAAAGACUUGCCUUUGCUGCCUCUCUUUGCAUAAGGUCACUCACAAAAUGGCGCCCUACCAUCACUAAGGUUUUGGAGGUUAUGGAAGAUGAGGAAACAGACUAUGAAAUUUGGAAAAUGCCAGAGGAAGAAGAAGAAGAACAAGAUGAGUUCUGGGGUUUUGAAGAUCUUGAAUAUGAAAGUGACACUUCUUUCUCAAUUUCUCCCCAAGAUUCAAUCUCAACAAAAGGUUCUUUAAAAGAGUAGACUUAUUUAUUAUUAAUAUAUAUUAUAUAUGUAUACUUUGAUGUAAAUAUAGAUGUAACACAAACACAACAAUGUUAGUAUUAAGUCACACCAGAUUUGAAAAUUGGAUACAAGGAAACCCCACCUCCUUUCUAAUCAAACUUUUAUAAUAUAUAUAUAUAUAUAUAUAUGUAUGUAUAUGUAUAUUGUAUGGAGAAAAGUUUCCUUGGAUGUGUUGUGAUGUUUUUAUGAUGAUUAGACUCUUAUGGAGUCAGUGUUGUUACAACAAAGCAAUAUAUAUAAUAUACCACUUUCUAUGCUAA